UUGUGGGUUAGCGGUAAUCGAGCUGUGGAGGCAAACGGCUCACUACCUGCCGGGGAGGCCCCGUGGAAGCGGUGAGGGCGAAGAUGAACACCCUAUUUUCAACAGGGGUCGUUCAGCAGUUUCCAAACUAGGUCCUAGUGCCUCUGCCUCUUCUGAAGCCUGUCCCCAGAAUGACUUCCCGAUGCACUUCUUGGCUCCAAAGCACAGCCUGCUCUUUGGGACAAUUGCAAGCGAUGUAUCCAGAAGAUAGACGGAUGGACCCUGAGAAGGUGGAGUUUAAUGCCAGCGUGUGUGAUCUAAUCUUGGCCCGUGCCUUGGUGUUCUUAGAAAAAAAAAAAGAUGGGAUCACACCUGUCAAAGGCAAAAGAGUUCCUUAGAAUCUACAAGUAUGUCAGAUGCAGUGACUCCAGGGAUUAUUUUCUCCUUCCUCAAAAAGUUGAGAAAGUAGCCUGGAGAAGAAAAUAGAAGAAAAUAAGAGAUAGGAAAGAAUGCACAUGAAGGACCAAACUGUUCCUGGAACAGCUGAUUGAUUGUGUUUUCCUGAAGCUGUGGGACCAGUUGACACAGUGGAACAUAAAUCCUGAUAGGAGUCAGAACCAGUAGACGAGGAUUCUCUGCAUUCUGAAAUUCUGCAGAGUAAAAAGAACAGUGAACAGUUUUACAGAAGAGACUUUUCCAAUAGAUUCUUUCUGCACGCUAGUAUUUGUUUGCUCUUUUGGCUGCUGUAGACCACCGAUCAUCAGUUCUUACUGAGCUUUCUGUAUUACUGGUUCCAAACUGACAUGAGCAGCUUCCUAUCAAAUAAGCCACUGCUACUGGAUUAAUUCACCUUGACAUAACUGCUGUGAUGCCAAAAUCCACACGGUAAAAGAUCCUGAUGCAGCCUGGAGAUCCACAUGUGUUAGACUGUGUCUUAUGAAUCAGCCGUCUCAGCCACUAGAACGUCUGAUGGCAUUAAGAAGUUUAGCAGACGCAGAAUGACUAGAAGAAUUAACUGCAAAGGUGUACAAAAUUCUGGGCAUUCAUGGGAGAGAAAACAGUCGUCUGCAAUGAGAAUGCAAAGAAAGAAAGUCUUCAGUGCGAGUCCAGCUGUUGCAGUGCAUCAAAAUAAAGAGGAAAGGAAAAAAGAAAAUGAAGGUGUGAACCAAUGUCAGAAUGAUCUACAGUGUGAGCCAAGCUUCAUAGAAGACAGACUGAAGCUUUAUGAAGCACUGAAAAAAGAACAUGAUGCUUUGCUAGCUCACAGAGCAGCCAACCAGAGCAAACCCAUCAAAAUUAGCCUGGCAGAUGGAAAGAUGGCUGAAGGGGAAUCUUGGAAAACCACACCGUACCAAUUAGCUGUAGGAAUUAGUCAAGUGUUGGCUUCAAAUGCAGUCAUAGCGAAAGUGAAUGGUGAGUUGUGGGACCUGGAUCGUCCGCUGGAGGGAGAUUGUACUCUGGAGCUGCUUACGUUUGAUAACGAAGAAGCAAAAGCUGUUUAUUGGCAUUCAAGUGCUCAUAUUCUUGGGGAGGCCAUGGAAGGCUAUUUUGGAGGCUGCUUAUGCUACGGACCACCAAUUGAAAAUGGAUUUUAUUAUGACAUGUACAUGGAAGACAGAGGUGUAUCUAGUACUGAAUUCUCACUACUAGAGAACCACUGUAAAAACAUCAUAAAAGAGAAGCAGGCUUUUGAAAGGCUGGAAGUCAAAAAGGAGAUCUUGUUAGACAUGUUUAAGUAUAAUAAGUUUAAGUGUCGUAUCCUUAAUGAGAAGGUGAACACACCAACUACCACAAUAUACAGAUGUGGUCCGCUGAUUGAUCUCUGCAGGGGUCCACAUGUGAGACACACUGGAAAAAUUAAAGCCUUCAAAAUAUUUAAGAAUUCAUCUACUUAUUGGGAAGGAAAAUCUGACAUGGAAACUCUGCAGAGAAUAUAUGGAAUAUCCUUUCCUGAUAACAAAAUGAUGAAGGAAUGGGAAAAAUUCCAGGAAGAAGCCAGAAACAGGGACCAUAGGAAAAUUGGAAAGGAGCAAGAACUCUUCUUCUUUCAUGAUUUGAGUCCUGGAAGCUGCUUUUUCCUCCCCAGAGGUGCCUUUCUUUAUAACACACUCGUGGAUUUCAUACGAGAGGAAUAUCACAAGCGUAAUUUUACUGAAGUUGUGUCUCCGAACAUCUUCAACAGUAAACUCUGGGAAGCUUCAGGACACUGGCAGCACUACAGUGAGAAUAUGUUCUCUUUUGAGAUCGAGAAGGAGACUUUUGCCCUUAAACCCAUGAAUUGUCCAGGACAUUGCUUAAUGUUUGCCCAUCGUCCACGGUCCUGGAGGGAAUUGCCUCUUAGACUGGCAGAUUUUGGAGUUCUUCACCGAAAUGAGCUCUCUGGGACUCUCAGUGGUUUGACUCGUGUAAGGCGCUUCCAACAAGAUGAUGCUCACAUCUUUUGUACAAUAGAACAGAUUGAAGAAGAAAUUAAGGGCUGUCUUGAUUUCUUGAAGUCAGUGUAUGCUGUCUUUGGUUUUACCUUUCAACUACAUCUCUCUACAAGACCAGAAAAUUAUCUAGGAGAGUUAGAGAUCUGGGAUCAUGCAGAAAAGCAACUUCAAAACAGCUUGAGUAACUUUGGAGAGCAAUGGAGUUUGAAUCCAGGAGAUGGAGCAUUUUAUGGUCCUAAGAUUGAUAUUAAAAUCAAAGAUGCUAUUGGCAGGUACCAUCAAUGUGCUACUAUCCAACUGGACUUCCAACUACCCAUUCGGUUUAAUCUUACUUAUGUUGGGAAGGAUGGUGAUGAUAAGAAAAGGCCAGUGAUUAUUCACAGAGCUGUUUUGGGAUCUGUGGAGAGAAUGAUAGCGAUUCUGGCAGAAAAUUAUGGAGGAAAAUGGCCAUUCUGGCUGUCACCGCGGCAGGUCAUGGUGGUGCCUGUGGGACCGACUUCAGAAGAGUACGCCCGGCAGGUUUGCAAUGAAUUUUUUGAAGCAGGAUUCAUGUCAGAUGUGGAUCUAGAUCAAAGUUGCACAUUAAACAAGAAAAUCAGAAAUGCACAGCUGGCCCAGUAUAACUUCAUCUUAGUGGUUGGAGAAAAGGAGAAAGCAAAUAAUGCUGUCAACGUGCGGACGAGAGACAACAAAGUUCAUGGAGAGAUUUCAAUAUCUUCUGCCAUUGAAAAACUCAAGAAAUUUAAGAGCUCACAUAUUCUAAAUGCAGAAGAAGAGUUCUGAGGUUGCUGUUUGGAAUAAGAUCAUUAGCUGCCCAUGUGAAACGGUGUUUCUUUCUUCCUUGUACAGCAGCAAUGCUCACCUGAGAGAACUUUCAGUUAAUGGAUGCAUAGAGUAAGCGUAGCUGUGCUGGUGCUGCGGGAGUCGCAUGAGAGGGCAGACGCAACUGCCAGCUCUUGUGACAAUCCCACAGGCUCCCGGUCUUACUGAACACGUCCCGCGCCUCCGCGGGGCUCCCCUGGUUCUGCUGUGGGGAGAAGCGGGGCUGCGGGGGCGGAGGAGCCGAGGCUGGGCCAGGCCAGGUGCGCCGGGAGCACUUUGGUUGAGUCUCUUGCUGACUCCAGGUGAUAAUUAUUUAUGUUGGGUUUGUUUUGCGGGCACAGCUUGAUUCGUUCUCAAUUUAUGUUCACGGGCUACAAAUACAUCGGUGGCUUUGGAAACCUCAGUGAAACAAGCACUGAUUGAUUUGGUGUGUUAAUCGGAUGCUGUAAAGGUGAUUGCCAAGAAUGAAGCUGAAUUAUUUGCUGUACCUGUGUGUGGAAAGUGUUUUGUUUUUUCCUAUGUUUGCUGUUGAUUUGGCUUUUUUUCUAAAGCAAACAAACCUCUGAAAAAACUUUGUAUGUAAUUUGUUGCUGUAUUUGGGACACUGAGAGUGCUGAAAAGGCAUAGAUGACAAUUUUCCUUUUACAAUGCAGCAUGUUGGAAUUGAAAUUGGCCAUAUUUCUCUGAUUUGUUUGUGCUUAUGAAUGAUUUUAAAGUUACUGUUGCAGGCAAUUGAAUCAUAUUUUUGGAGAGAUUGUAUCACGAUUUUUUCACUUUUAUCUGCUCUUUUUUCGUUACAAGGCUUGGAUAGCAUUAAAAGUGUUACUUAAUUAUCUAAGCUCUACAAUUGUAGUUGUUGCGAUUUAAAUAUCACUGAAAUGUAGCAGAAAAUACCAUUUGGCACAUAAAUCCUAUACAAAUACAAA